UUUGCUGGUCAGUGUUCGUCUUCCGUGAAGUCGGCAGGCUGCGCUGGUCCAUAAAUCGAGCGCACCCGUCUUUCUCCUUCAUAGGGGGAGCCCGUCAAGUUUGUGUGAAGUUGUGAAAAGUUGUCAACUCGAAAAAAGACCAGAGAAACUCCUCCCGUCUUCAAAUUAUGAGCAAUCAGCAGCAGGGUGAAAUGGCCGCUGUGGAGAGCGGUGGAGGCUUCAGUCAAAAGCGAAACACAAAUUCACAGGACUCACAGCAGCCAUCUCCUCUUGCUUUGUUAGCAGCCACGUGCAGUCGAAUUGACACCCCAGGAGAGAACGAUUCACCUGCAGACCAACAAAACCAGCAGCAACAGCUGGACCUAAACCAGGGUGUUUACACCUCUAGUGCCAACGGCUGGCAGGUUAUCCCUCUCAGCGUUCAAACAUCCUCAGGCACUAACACCAUCACCACCACUGACUCCUCAGGGGUAAUGACAGGAGGAGACACAGGCAAGAGCAGACAGGUGCUGUCAUCAGUAGCAGUUGCAAGCACUCAGGGACAGCAGCAUCAGCCACAGCAAUAUGUAGUAGCUCAGGCUCCAUCCAUGCAGGGCCAGCAGCUCCUUACCACCAUAUCAGGUAUGAUGCCCAACAUUCAGUACCAGGUUAUUCCCCAGUUUCAGACAGUAGAUGGCCAGCCACUGCAGUUGACCCAUGCUCAGCAGGAUUCUAAUGCAGGACAAGGGCAGCAGUUUCAGAUAGUGUCCUCUCCUAAUGGCCAGCAGAUCAUAACCACAACCAACAGAGCUGGUGCAGCAGGAAACAUCAUAACGAUGCCCAGUCUCCUUCAGGGAGCCAUCCCCAUUCAAAAUAUAAGCCUAGGCAAUGGCGUGUUACAAAACCAGCCCCAGUUCCUGGCAAAUAUGCCUGUGUCACUAAAUGGAAACAUCACUUUGUUGCCUGUCAGUACUGGAACAAGUGGUACAGGGGGAGAUGGAAAUGGUGGCGGCGAUGCAGGGGGCAACCAACUUAUACAGCAAUCGCAACAUCCAGUGUCCAGCGGGGCAGGUUACAUGACAAGUGCAUCCACCGUUACCACUCAGACUUCCACUUCUUACGGAAUGACCCAAACGCAGAACAGCAAUGGAGUGAUGACCGGGACAUUCCAGCAUAACACAGCAGCUUCUCUGGGUGUCCCGAUACAGCCAGACAACAGAGACGGACAGCACCCACAGCAGAUUCUUAUCCAGCCUCAGCAGGUUAUCCAAGGUGGAACACCCCUCCAGACCAUCCAGGCCGGUACUGUCACCACCGCUGGCGGUCAGGUAUUUGCAGCCCCAACACUCAGCCAGGAAGGGCUUCAAAAUCUUCAAAUUAUGCCAAACACAGGCCCCAUCCUCCUGCGCACUGUAGGCCCCAAUGGCCAGGUGAGCUGGCAGACCAUUCAGAUCCAGAAUCCAACGGGACCGCAGAUUACGCUGGCCCCAGUGCAGUCUCUCCCCCAACUUGGCCAGGCUCAGGGAUCUGCUGCAGCUGGAGCAGUGUCUGUCAACACAGUGCAGAUCCCAGGCAUUCAGACCAUAAAUCUCAACACACUCGGAGGCUCUGGGCUGCAGAUGCACCAGCUGCAGACUGUUCCCAUCACAAUCGCCAGCACAGGAGAGCAGGCCUUGCAGACGGGUGUAGAAAGUUUGGACGAUAGCACAGCUAUGGAUGAUGAGGAUAUAAGCCCACAACCUCAAGGACGACGUAACCGCAGGGAAGCCUGUACCUGCCCCUUCUGCAAGGAUGGAGAAGGGCGUGACCCAACUAAAAAGAAGCAGCACAUUUGUCACAUCUCUGGCUGUGGGAAAAUCUACGGCAAGACAUCCCACCUGAGGGCCCAUCUCCGUUGGCACACAGGAGAACGCCCCUUCGUCUGCAGCUGGUCUUUCUGUGGCAAACGAUUCACCCGUUCUGAUGAGCUUCAGCGCCAUAAGAGGACACACACAGGUGAGAAAAGGUUUGUUUGCCCAGAGUGUCCAAAACGCUUCAUGCGCAGCGAUCACCUCUCCAAGCACAUCAAGACACACUUAAACAAGAAAGCCGUGGCCAGCAGCACCACUGGCUCGACUGACACUGCGUCCCCUGCGGCAGUAACGAAAGUCGAACCGGGAGCAGUGUCGGCCAAUGACCAGCACACCAUUGUCACCAUGGAAACCUUAUCUGCAGAGAGCAUAGCCCGAUUAGCUAGCAGCGGGAUCAACAUGAUGCAGGUGGACCUUCACCACAUGAACGGCAACAGCUACUAAGGACUGCGGAGGAGUAGGAAGACGGCCUUUGUAGAUGUUUCGUUGGGACAUUUGGGGUUAAAAAUGGCACGUUCAAUUGGAGACACAGAACCUUUUUAAAGGCUUCAGACAGGAGAGGUGGUCACAGAUGUAACACAACAGACACUAUUGGAUUUGAGAACUGAGGCAGGGAUAUGGAUUUCCAUCUUGUGCUUAGAUACCUGUGGCAUUUAAGGGUCAGACUUGGAUUAAAAUGUUAGACUAGACUAGAAAUCAUCAUGAAAUCUUAUUUCCCCUGAAUGGAAAUGGCACUACACUAACAUUUGUCCGACACGAUGACCCAAUCUUAGUAGGAUUGAAAUAAAGCACACAGACCGGCACAACUGAUGUUGAAUUUGUGGCUAGUAAUAUUCUCUUUACAAACUUUUUUUUAGUAAAGAGAUGACACUACUAAGUCAGACUCUCACCCAUGUUUCCACCGUUCCCUCCUCAUGUCAGGUGUCUCCUGACUUCUAAAACUGGGCUGCUGUUAUCAAGCGUGCCCCUCAUGCUAACUGGCCACAUCGCUAGUUCACCCCUAAAAACUGAACUUCUAACGACUGUGAGCAGCAAAUAUUUGCUUCUUACAUUUGUGGUUGCAGUGUUGGGAGAACCAUGUGUUCACAAACUAACAAUCCCAGUAUUGUAGGAAUAAUAUGUCAAGCGUUUUAGGGUCGACCGUUACAGGAGGGCUGGAAUACAUGAGGUCAGAGCCAGAAGCACUAAUCAGUGUGAGGAUGUAGGUGUGUCAGGCCACUGAAAUCCUAAGAAUAACUCUUUAACCUCUUAUGUAGGUACUCACAUUCAAGCCAUCAUGCUUUGAUAUGUUUAUCAUAGCAAAACCAUUUUCAUUUUUUAUGUGUGUGUGUGUGUGUAUAUAUAUAUAUAUAUUUUUUUUUUUGGUAAAGGCUACAUAAAUUCUUAGCUUAGGUGGGAUCAUCUUACAAGAUUACAAGAGAUUGCCUUUCAGUUGUAUGAACCUCAUGCACAAUCAAUCUUAAUCUUAUUACGUAUAUAUAUAUAUAUAGUGUAAACUUAAGAGCCUCUGUCAUAGAAUAAUGUAUUCUAUACAGUCCAGAUACAUUACAGUACAUAUUUUCUUCUCUGUGGUAUACUUAUCAUCUGAUACUUUGCCUUGCAGUAGCGUUCUCUCUGUGGAAAAGCAUUUCCUCUUCAGUCAUAUCUGGUCAGAGUGUAUUUUGUAAUAAUGUCCAGACAGCAUAAAUAUUUAAGCUCAAACCAAAGGUUCAUACUCAUUUUAUAAGCAAGGCUAGGAAAUCUUUCUUUGGUCCAUGAACUUUCUAAUAUUUUUUUACUCUUGUAAUACAUUAUGUUAAAAGUUCUAACUGGAAAAUAUCCAGCUUGAGGCAAACCUUGGACACACAUCCCUUUGUUGUCCAAAUACCUUGCAAAAUAUAUUAAGAUGUCAAGAUUUCUUUCCUGAAAUGUUUCUCACCUGUUGAAAUAGUUUGGUUCAGAAUUGUGCUUUAUUUUUAGAAAGAUAAUUGUAACUUGUAUUAUGUCAAAAUCUAUGUUUAAAAACUCCUUUGUAACUCUAUAGAUUUAAGUUCAUCGGACAACAAGUGCUCUUAUUUUUUUUUCCCCCCCGUUUUAAAUAAGGGAUUUUAUAGUGUGUAUACAACUACUGCAAAUGCCAACAGCUGGAUUAAAACUAUAAAUAUA